AAUGUGUGAUUAGUUGAAAAAGCAAAACGACGACGCACUAAACCCUAUCUUCAUCUUCUCCACUUUUCCAAUUCUAUGCAUGGGGUCUUCAACUCUAAAACAGUCUACGUUUCCUCACCAUUUUCCACUUUCAAUCUCAUCUCUGAAAAGCAAUUAAAACCAGAAAAGGGAAAGGGACCCAAAAAUAGAUAAAAAUGCCCUCAAUUUCUGCCUUCAAAUUUUCAAUUCUCCCGCAUCCACCACUCUCUAGCCCAAGGUUAUAUUCAUCAACAAGCCCUUCAAUUUUCAGAAAAUUCGGACCCUGUCCACAUUUCUCCUCCUCAGCGUCGAUUUCUAGAAGGUCCCUUUUUCGGCGCAAAUCGUCGGAAGAAGAGGCGGGAGUUGCAGAGGCUGCGGACGAGUGGCUGCAAAAAUUGCCGGAUAAAAAGAAAGCGUUGUAUUCUCACAGUUUGCCGUGCGUGGAGGCGUGGCUGAGGAGUUUAGGUUUUUAUCAGAGCAGAGAUGAUAGAGCUGUUUGGUUUGUGGAGAAGCCUGAUUGGCAUGCACAGCUCUCGCUUGAUGUCACUGAUUUGUACAUAAGGUAUCUCAAGAGUGGAGCAGGGAAUCUUGAGAAAGAUGUCGAAAGAAGAUUCAGCUAUGCCCUCAGUAGAGAAGAUAUCGAAAAUGCCAUACUGGGAGGACCAUGAAAUCACUGUGAUUUGAAUAUUCAUCUAAAUAAAAUUAUAUGAUUUCUGAUCAUUAAUGUUAUACAAACCUUCAAUUUGGUGUAUAUUUUUGUCCGUUGCAUUUGAGUAUAAUGAAAUUGAAAUCUGCAUGGUUUACUCAAA